AUGUCUCGCUUCUCUCCUCAACUUACUGGCGCCCAUGCCCUCGUCACGGGGGGAACCAAGGGCAUUGGUAGGGUCAUCGUUGAGACUCUAUUGAGUGAAGGUGUCAGCGUAUCUUAUUGCUCGCGCAAUGUUCGAGGCGAUGAAUUUGCCAACUUCAAGGAUGCCGUUGGUGGGGCGCGAGCUGUUGGAACCAGCGUUGACAUUUCCAACGCCGCUUCUAUUCAAGGCUGGGUCGAAGCCUCAGCUGAAGAGUUUGGAAGAAUUGACCUUGUCGUUGCUAAUGCUUGUCCCAAGUACGUCAGCCCAAGCAUUGACGACUGGGAAAAGAGCUUCCAUGCCGAUGUUCUUGGCCUCGUGAACCUUAUCAACGCUUCGGAGCCCCAUCUGGAGAAGCGCAACGGUACAGGCUCAAUCGUCGUCAUCAGUUCUCUUGCUGGCUUCGAAGCUAGACAUCCAGCAAUCCGAGGGCCAUACACCACGCUGAAACGCGCCCAGGCCACUUUGGCCAAGGACUUUGGACGAUGGCUCGGACCUAAGGGUAUCAGAAUCAAUACGAUCGUCCCAGGAACGAUCGAUUCUCCUCCCGUGACCCAGCCGGAUGGAACUGUGGAGUUGAGCCAGUUCCAGCAGAUCAUGACAGCCAACCCCGACUUUCUCAAGGAUCUUGUUGACUCUAUUCCCCUCGGAAAGGUCGGACAGGCGCAGGAUAUUGCCAAUGCCGUUGUGUUCCUCGGAAGCAACCUUGGCAAGUAUGUCAAUGGAGUGAACCUGAUUGUCGAUGGUGGAAUGUCUACGGCUCUCUGAGAGUCUAGUCUGGUCACCGCUACAAUAUCACAUCCAUAUAGACAGAACUAGAAACUUGGUCUUGGUC